AUGGCCACCCUCGACCACCUCAAGUGCUCGUUGAGGCAGCAGCAGGCCAUGGCCGGUGGUGCACUCGUCAGCCAACCUCUAUCCGACGAGCAAUACAGCACAGGCUUCAACAUCUUCAAAGAAGGCUCGGUCACAUACAAUGACUUCAUCAAGUCUCAGCUCACACAAGUCCUCACUCCAAUCUUUAAAUCACGCCUCCGCGUCUCCGUGCUGGAGAUUGGACCCGGCCCGAAGAGCGUACUCGGAUGUGUGCCUCUUGAAAUGAGGAGGAAGAUUACCAGUUACUCGGCGCUUGAGCCAAAUGGACUCUUUGCUCCGCAGCUGGAAGAGUGGCUCAAGUCGGCGGACGAGAACGGGCUGCCGCUGCCUUGCCUAGAAGGUGAAACCGACGCGAGACGACUGCCAUUCGAUCUGGCCAGCUCCAAGAAGACCUUUUGCGAUGAGAAAUUCGAUGUCAUUAUCUUCUGCCACAGCAUGUACGACAUGCACCCUAAGCACGAGUACCUCCGUGCAGCGCUAGAUCUGCUCGUGGACCAGCCAGCCAACAGCACGGUGAUCGUCUUCCACAGAGAUGGACCACUUCACCUGCAGGGCCUAGUACCUUACCAAGUUGCGACUUUCCCCACAGGAAUCGUUCGGGUAGAGGACAGUGACGACUCGCUAGACCGCUUCAUCCCAUUCAUUGCAGGCUACGUGCCAAAAACCACAGCCAUCCAACUCGAAUGGCGCAACAUCUGCCGCUCCCUGGGCCGACGUGACAAGGGACAUCUCAUCUUCGCCGCGCCGGAGGUCAUGAUGGCUUUCACACGACAUUCAACAGCACUACCGGAGCUUACAUCGAAGGUGCCGGUCGCGGACGGGGAGAUGCAAGUCAAGAACCGGGAAGCGCGUCUACAUCGCCCGGCCGCAAUCAUCAGACCUUCGACCAUUCAGCAUGUGCAGGAGUGUGUCCGAUGGGCUUUGAGGCACCGGAUGGCGUUGACGGUUGUGGGUGGUGGGCAUAGCGGUCAUUGUUUCUGGUCUAACGUCGUUGCCGUCGACAUGAGCGCCUUCAAUCAGGUUCAUGUCGUCACAGAUGAAGACGAUGUCGACGAAGCUGAAAGUCUAGUCGUCGCCGGAGCGGGCUGCAAGACGGGCGACAUCAUAGCAAAGGCCAUGGAAGAGGGCCUCACCGUGCCUCUCGGCUCUCGGCCCAGUGUAGGAGCCGGCUUAUGGCUUCAAGGCGGCAUCGGGCACCUAGCCCGCAUCCACGGACUCACAUGCGAUGCUAUCGUGGGAGCUGUUCUCGUCAGCGUUGAAUCCGGAGGGAUCCUAUGCGUCGGUCGCGUACCAGCCCAUCACCAACCCACCAGCGCCACCCGCCCCGCGAACGAAGAAGAGCUUCUUUGGGCCAUAAAAGGGGCAGGAACAAACUUUGGGAUCGUCGUCAGCGUCACUUUCGCAGCGCACCCCGCUCCGAUGUUCUCGGUCCGGAAAUGGAUCAUCCCCAUGAGCGACGGCGACGAGGCGCAGCGCACGCUUGCCAAAAUCGACAAGCCUGUAGCCAGCCAGCUUCCCCGGAGCAGUUCAGCGGACGCUUAUCUGUACUGGGAUGCUGGCCAACUCCAUCUCGGAGUAACCAUGUACGAAGCUACAACCGCCAAGCGAACACUAGGACCACCCACGUCUGUCUCUUCGCCAAUCGCCAGAGCGCUGGGGCCAGAGUACAGCUUCAGAAUCGUGGACAGCAUCGGCCUCUUUGAGACGGAGAUGUACAUGUCGACGAUGCACGGCGGGCAUGCCGGCGGCAAGACUUCCUCUUUCAAACGAUGCAUCUUCCUAAAAGAUAUUGGCAAAGCGAAUAUUGCAAGCGCGCUGAUUGCAGCCGUCGAAACCCGGCCCUCCCUGCUAUGUUAUCUCCAUCUCCUUCACGGCGGCGGCGCCGUCAGAGAUAUACCGGAGACAGCCACGGCGUUCGGCUGUCGUGAUUGGGACUUUGCCUGCGUCAUAACCGGCGUCUGGCCGCGCGGAAAAGAUGGAACUGACGUCUGUCGGGCAGUCGUGGAGUGGGUGUAUGCUGUCGCCCGGACGUUAUUGCCUCUGAGCACCGGAGUCUACGGCGCUGAUCUCGGGCCAGAUCCACGGGACGCCGUGUUCGCCACCAAAGCUUUCGGACCGAACCCCGGCCGUCUUGCUAGGCUUAAGCGAACUGCGGACCCGCGGAAUGUGCUCGCAUACACCUGCCCACUUCCAAAGGAGCCGAUGGAGUCGGCGCUCAUCAUCCUGGUGACGGGAGACAGCUGCGCGGGGAAGGAUUACUGCGCCGCAGUCUGGGCUGACAUCUUCAACAAAGCUGGAAAGACAACGCGUGUUGUUAGCAUCAGCGACGCCAUUAAACGUGAAUAUGCCACGGCUACGGGCGCGGAUCUGGAGCGCUUGCUUCACGAGCGGGAGUAUAAGGAGUACCACCGGCUGGCGUUGGCGGCUUUCUUCCAGAAUCGCGUGCAAAAGCGGCCUCAGAUCCUAGAGGAGCAUUUCCUUGAGGUGGUGUAUGGUGCUGCUGGUGUUGAUGUACUUUUCAUCACAGGUAUGAGAGAUGAAGCGCCGGUUGCGGAUUUGAGCCACCUUGUGCCGGACAGUAAACUCGUCGAUAUUCGUGUCAACGCCAGCAAGGAGACCAGAUGGCGCCGCCGUGGGGCAUCCAAUGGCGAGAAAAGAUGUAACGGCACAGAGGAUCAUUACGGAGAGUCGGCCACGUCGGACGCGGAUUACAGCCCCAGCAUGGAGUUCCACAACGACGUCGAAGGAAACGAAGCCCUAACAGACUUUGCUUCAAAGCGGUUGCUUCCACUUGCCCACGACGACUUGAACAAGCUAGCCGACAUGAUCCGCGUCAUACCCGACUUCCCGCGUCAAGGUAUCGACUUCCGUCACGUUCUCGACAUCGCCCAGAAGCCGGGCGGGUUGGCUCUCAGCGCUUCGCUACUUCAAUCUCACUUCGCCGGCGAUUGGGAUAAAGCAGACGCCAUCGUAUGCUGCGAAACAGGCGGCUUCAUCUUUGCAUCUGCGUUGGCGGUGCAACUUGGCAAACCGUUGGUUCCGAUACGAGAGGCCGGCAAACUACCCCUGCCGACUGUCUCUAUUGCCAAAUCCACAUCGCAUAUCUCGUCGGGCGCGAAUGGUGUGCAUGAGAGACGGAUUGAGAUGGAUCGGGAUGUGCUGCCGAAGGCAGCAUCAGUUGUGGUUGUGGAUGACGUCUUUGCUUCUGGAGAGACGAUGUAUGCGGUGCUGGAGCUGUUGAAGCAGGUUGGUGUUGGCAUGGAGCGGGUCAGCGUUGUGGUUGUCGCUGAGUUUCCUCGUCAUCGUGGAAGGGCGUUGCUGCGAGGUCGUGGAUUCGGGCGAGUCAUUGUCCAGAGUCUAUUAGUUUUUGGAGGUGCCUGA